GAAGUAUUUUUUUCAAACUGUUCGGACGGUCAUACUGACACAGAAAAUGCAAAAAAAGUAAGAGCGAAAAGAGCUGGCGUAGGCGUGACAAACGGUGAAAAAAAAAGCGUAGUGCAGCACGAACAGUGCAAUUGACCCCAAAGGAGCUUACGGUGCAGUCCCCCUCGAGCAGACCCAACCCCGAGUCCACACAGAACCGAAAACUUGAGCCUGGCGCUUGGCGGCCAUUCAAAUGAAUAGUCCUCGCACAAAUGCGGUCAAUGGCGGCAGCGGCGGCGUCGGCAGCGGCGGUGGUGCUAUCUCCGCCCUUCCGAGCACUCUCGCCCAACUGGCUCUGCGCGACAAGCAGCAGGCGGCGGCAUCGAGUGCAUCCCCCGCCACCAGCAACGGCGGCAGCGAGUCCUCAUCCGUGGGCGGCAGGCCAGCAACUCAGCCACCUAGUGUGCCAUCAUCAUUGACGGGUGCCAGUAAGCUGGAGAACAGCGCCUCCAACGGCGACUCAAACAAGCUCACCCACGACCUCCAGGAAAAGGAGCACCAGCUGGUGCAGAAGCCACAGAAGCCGCCGCUCCCGGUGCGCCAGAAGCCCAUGGAGAUCGCUGGCUACGUGGGAUUCGCCAACCUGCCCAAUCAGGUCUAUCGCAAGGCGGUGAAGCGGGGCUUUGAGUUCACCCUGAUGGUGGUGGGUGCCAGCGGAUUAGGCAAAUCCACGCUCAUCAACUCGAUGUUUCUGUCCGACAUUUACAACGCAGAGCAGUAUCCUGGCCCGUCGUUGCGCAAGAAGAAGACCGUUGCCGUGGAGGCCACUAAGGUCGUACUCAAGGAAAAUGGAGUUAACCUUACCCUUACCGUAGUGGACACCCCAGGAUUUGGAGACGCCGUGGAUAACAGCAACUGCUGGGUGCCCAUAUUGGAGUAUGUGGACAGCAAGUACGAGGAGUACCUGACGGCAGAGUCCCGGGUUUAUCGUAAGACCAUCUCGGACAGUCGGGUGCAUUGCUGCCUGUACUUCAUCGCUCCAUCUGGACACGGACUACUCCCCUUGGAUAUUGCCUGCAUGCAGAGCCUGUCGGAUAAGGUGAAUUUGGUGCCAGUGAUCGCCAAGGCGGACACAAUGACUCCGGACGAAGUGCAUCUGUUCAAGAAGCAGAUCCUCAACGAGAUUGCCCAGCACAAGAUUAAGAUUUACGACUUCCCCGCCACGCUGGAGGAUGCGGCCGAGGAGGCGAAGACGACGCAGAACCUGCGUAGCCGGGUGCCAUUUGCGGUGGUGGGUGCCAACACCAUCAUCGAGCAGGACGGAAAGAAGGUGCGCGGCCGGCGCUACCCCUGGGGCCUGGUGGAGGUGGAAAACCUGACGCACUGCGACUUUAUUGCGCUGCGAAACAUGGUGAUUCGCACACACCUGCAGGAUCUCAAGGACGUGACGAACAACGUCCACUACGAGAACUACCGCUGCCGUAAGCUCUCCGAGCUGGGCCUGGUGGACGGCAAGGCCAGACUGUCGAACAAGAAUCCGCUCACCCAGAUGGAGGAGGAGAAGCGGGAGCACGAACAGAAGAUGAAGAAGAUGGAGGCCGAGAUGGAGCAGGUCUUCGACAUGAAGGUGAAGGAGAAGAUGCAGAAGCUCCGGGACUCUGAGCUGGAGCUGGCCCGCCGGCACGAGGAGCGCAAGAAGGCGCUGGAAAUACAGAUCCGGGAACUGGAUGAGAAGCGGCGCGAGUUCGAGCGGGAGAAGAAGGAGUGGGAGGAUGUGAACCAUGUGACGCUCGAGGAGCUCAAGCGACGAAGCCUGGGCGCCAACAGCAGCUCCGACAACGUUGAUGGCAAGAAGGAAAAGAAAAAGAAGGGUCUGUUCUAAGUCAACACGCUCAAAAUCCACAACCCCCCCUAAUAACAUCCCAUCUCCCCCCCCAUGAUAUUCUUAAGCGCUAAUCUCGAGAACAAAACAAGCAUAAAAAAAGAAAAUCCCUAGCGUAUCCCGUAAUUAUACAUAUACCUACAUAUAAAAGUAAUACGAGUAAAAGUGCAUAAAUAUAUCUAUUGUUGGGCCUAACUGGCCUCAGCCUAUCCGGCGCCCACAAGGCUUCUCUAUUCGCACAGCAAUCGCACUCGGCCGGCGUUGCAUUUGUUUUUUUACAUUACUAUACAAAUAUAAUUCAUAGCAGCAGUUGCAGUAUUUUACCAAUAUAAUACGAGUAUAUAUAGAUUCAGGCAUUACUUGACGGACACAUUACUUGCUAGCCUAAUGAAUUGAGUAUGGAUAUCAAUGCCAUCGAAUUAAAUCGAACCAGACCCAAAACGGUAUUUACAAAAUACUUAAAUAUCUUAAAGCUUAAAUCUACACAAGCGAAAAAGCAACACCUAAGCGAAAAGUACGAAAAUCGAUCCUAAAAAUUAAUUAUAAAGAAUGAAAGAAAAAAAACCAACAAAAAUAAUGAAACCAUGUAUAACGUAUGCUAUUGAUAUUGUAAUUGUAUUUUACCUAUUAUGCAUAAAAAAAAAGUAAUAAGUCAUAAAACACCCAAACACUCGGCAGUAUCAGAAUCAGAAGCAGCAACACCAGCAGAAAACCAACAAAACAAAACAAAAAUAUACUCUUGCAUUUUACAAAAUAAAGUCUUCUCUUUAGUUUAACUACAUAAAA